UAAACAUUACUAUUCUAAAUAAAGAGCUUUAAAUUAUUGCGACUGAGAAGUAAAGUAAUCUCCGUAAAACUGACGUCAUCUUAGCGAACGAAACGAAAGGAAUUUAAUGAAAUGGAUGUGUAUUUAAAUGACAAGACUUCCUGCAACACGAAUAAGGGGAAUUCCCCGGCUUAUGAAACAGGGAUGACUACAUCCGCUCCCCCUUCCGGCAAUCUAAAGGUUCACAAGCUUCAGAACACAUGGAUCCUGUGGUUUAUAAACACCAAUCCGAAUAAGUCGUGGAAAGACAUGAUACUGAAGAAUGGCAGUUUCAAUACCGUAGAAGAUUUCUGGAGCCUAUAUUACCGCACCGAACCACCCUCCAAGCUUAAAAACGGCUCUGAUUAUAUGCUCUUCAAGGAGAAUAUUCCCCCCAUGUGGGAGGAUCCGGUCAACAAGAACGGUGGUCGCUGGUUGAUCAGUAUUAAUCAGAACCUAUCCAAAAACCAUCUGGAUAUCAUUUGGCUAGACGUUCUGCUUUGCCUGAUUGGCGAGGCAUGCGAUAACUGUGAUGAAAUCUGCGGAGCUGCUGUUAGGAUUCGCAAAAAGAAUAAUAAGAUCGCAGUUUGGACUAAAAAUGGCAACGACGAGGAAGCCAUCCUGGAGAUUGGCCACAAAUUGCACGAACUGGUGCGCCUUGAAGGGACUUUACAACUUCAGUACCAGCAUCACUUUAAAGAAGAAAUGGGCUCCGACGUGAUGCAUAUUUUGAAGGUUUCGAAAUAACGAAUACCAGUUAUGGGCUUUCAUUUUUAUUAAUAAUAAUAAUCUUUGAUCUUGACUCAUUAUUUCACUAUCUCUUUCUGUGCCAUUGCAAAUACCAUUUAUUACAAAUCUAAUAAACUUUAAGUAUUGCAAAAUUCAA